CCCUGCGAGCCGCCCCCGCCCCCGCGUAGGGGAGCGAGCGCUCGCGGGCCCGUGGUGGGUUCGGCUGCGCUGCGUGAGGGGCUGAGGCGGCUGUGGUGGCGCGAGCGCAGGGAGCGGACAUUGGGUUCCUGAACCUCGGCGCUGAAGACAGCCAGGCCUCCAGCACAGGGUCAAACAGUGCUGCUUCUUGGAAAAACUGAAAAAGCUCUCUGGACGACAGGGGCCCAGAGCUGAUGGCAGACAAUGUCAGCCACUAACAACAUAGCCCAGGCUCGGAAGCUGGUGGAACAGCUCCGCAUCGAAGCCGGGAUCGAGCGCAUCAAGGUCUCCAAAGCCUCCUCCGAACUCAUGAGCUACUGUGAGCAGCACGCCCGGAACGACCCCCUGCUGGUGGGAGUCCCCGCCUCGGAGAACCCCUUUAAGGACAAGAAGCCUUGUAUUAUCCUAUAGCUCUAUCUUCCCUCUUGCUAGGCUCCUCCCCGACCCCCCCUCCCCCAGCCAGGGCAUUAUUCAGUACACAGUCAAGCAAAACUCUUAAUUCCAAAAGAAAUGCAAAAAGUUGCCAUCACCCAGGUGGGGUAAAAUGUAUCCUCUGGGUUCAGAUGGAUUUUCAGACCCAACAUCACAGCCCUGUCAGGGGCCGGGCUCCACCACCACUUCUGAUGGGGAAUAGCUGAAAUGCCCAAGCGAUGUGGUAACGAUUUUUGAAAACUGCGUUGCCAUUUGAGUCAUGGUCUAGAGCCGAGCUGGGUGGGGAGACGGGAAGGAGGUGGGUGAAUUAGCCGCUGGCGUGGGUGACCCGGCCGGGUGGCAAGUCUCACACAGUUGGCCAUUUGUGAGGACUUCAGCCAGGUUGAUGAUGUGAUGCUUUUGGCCAGGGUGUGUUAAGUGGAGAAAAAUUGGGUGGAGUUGGGAGGAGGGACAUAAUGAACUUUUUUCAGAAA